GUGCACCACAAUGUCCAUCACAACGUCCAUCACAACGUACAUCACGACGUACAUCACAGUGUGCAUCACCAUCAUGCACGUAUUGAACCAGAGCCCUGUUUGCAACGCCGUCUUUGGUGCGACGACCGACCAUGCAUCGGAGUCCGCAUUGACAACGACUCGUGGUACCAGCAGCGUCUUCACGACUUGCGAGCUUCGGUUGGUCGUGUUGGUGCCUUUUGCAGAGGCAGCCGGACACCUUGUCACUCAGCUGGAGGACUACAGUGGAAUGCUAAAGUCGUGGAACAUCAGUCAAGUUGGAGAGAAGGAAAUGCUUCUAAGCAGGGAAGUAAUGCUGCCGGGCACGUGCGCACGUCCAGAGAUUCGCGUGAAGCUCUUUUGCGAAGAUCCUCAAGCUGUUUGUGAUGCUCAGAGGGCCGACGUCCACUUUGGAGUCCAUGGACGUGGCAUCGAAGUCACGAGGUUUGAAGCCGGAAAAGUUCUGGGAAGUUUCCGUGCUUUGACUACAACAUGCACGGGCAUUGGGCUGGCGACAAAGAGUGCACUAUGUGUUGACUCUGCCCGCGGUGAUGUCAAAACACAUGAAGCCUCUGUGGCCCAUCGCCUCUCCACCCCUUUGCAUGCAGCGCCGUCUCAGAAUACGCAGCGCGGCGAUGUGAAUGUGACCUCGGCCCAGGCUCUCUCCGAGGAUAAGUUCCAUGUGGGUGCUCUCAUGACCUCUCCGAGCACUCAGCAAGAGCUGCUGCCUUUCCUUCAGGCAGCCGGACAGUCAGAUUGGCCCCCACUCAUGACCUUGAGUCGUGGAGCCCAAGAAACGUUGCUGUCGAACGGCGUUUGUGCCAUACCGUUGGAGAAGAUUUAUUCUCAGGCUUCUUGGACGCCGGCAGUGGUACGAAGAAAGUUUGAGACUUUGGCUGGCUUCUCGCUCCUACUUGCGCUACUCGCCCUUUUCAUAUCCUUCAGUAUCCACUGUUCCUGGAUGCUCCAAGGGCAAACUAUGGUGUCUCAGCAAGUUCUGCCUGCUUCGCAUCAUCGAGCAGCUUUGGAAGCUUCUCGUUACAUUGCGAAGAACUUGAUCGAGCUGCAGAAGUUCAGAGAUCCUAUCGGAUGGAAGAUGGCUUUCGUGGGAGAUUCCCUGUUGUCUGGUUUCCUGCUGACUCGCGUCAUGAAAGGUCAGAAGAGAGAGCUGAAAGCCGAAGCCAUCCAGGAGAUGAAGGAAAAGGUCCAGAAGGAGACCGAGACUGUGGACCGCGAGGACACAGUCCCUAUGCUGCAGCAGAAGAUUCGACCAACAGUUGCCCUGAUGAUGGAGAAGCGCCCUGCUUCGGCUGCGGCGAAGCCCAUGGCUGCAGACAAAGUCUCCUUCACGAGCAUCUCCAAGCGUGGAGGCCGCAUCCACAAGAUCUGCAUGGUCAUGGUGUCGUCGCCGGAGAAGGACUACCUGGAGACUCGACUGAAGGAGCUGUUUGCCGAGCAGGAUCAGCGAGUCAUGGACAUGAUGAACCAGGUGAUGCAACAUGUGAUGUCAGUUCAGCAGGUGCCCAGCGAUGCGAUUCUGCCGGGCGAGGGCGACGAGGCGUCAGCUGUUGAAAGGCGUGGACUUUAUGCCGGCGGCAGUCUGACAUUGGGCACUGGCUGGGACUUUCUUGACCCUCGCCAUCGUGAAGCGGCUUUGAAGCUCAUUCGUCGCUCCAAACCCUAUGUCCUCAUUCUGGCAUUUCCCUACAACGUUUGGUCUUUGCUUCAGAAUUUGAAUCCUACUGCUGAUUUGCAGGCCAAGAGGAAACAGGCAGAAGUGUUGGUGAUUCUUGCCAUAGAAGCUGCCCUUUUACAUUUGCGAGGUGGUCGGCGCUUCUUGAUUGAGAAUCCAGCUACGUCAGCUGCUUGGAAUCUUGAUGCGGUUUUAGACUUUCGCAACCACUCUGAUGUGCUGGAGGUCGUGCUUGACAUGUGCCGCUUUGGUUUGAAAGGACAUGGUGGUGAAUUGCACAAAAAGGCCCCUCGAUUUUUGACUUCAUCGCAGGCCUUGGUGUCAGCUUUUCUUGAAAGGCGAUGCAGAGGUGACCGCAAACAUGCCUGGGUGAUGGGUGGUUCCAAAAUCACUUCAGUUGCGGGUCACUACACCCCUGAGUUCUCAGACGCUGUUGUGGAGGCCUUCAUGACUCAGUAUGACUUCGAGCAGGCAUUGGCUCAAUGUCACAGCGCUUUUGUCGUGGAUGCAGAGUCUACGGCUGAGCAUGACCAUGGUCAGGUCACGCUGCGGAAGUGCAACCCCCAAAGCAACUCGCCUGUCCUUUUUGUGCUUUUUCCACGCCCCUGCCAAGCCUUGCAAAAACAUAUUGUUUCGCAUUUUGACAAUCCUGCACAAGUUUCUCAGUUGCAAGCUCAGCCUCGGCAGAGGCACAAAAACACGCCCGUCACCACACUGUCCUCUUUCUGGGGUUCAAAGACAGGGCAGUCACCAGUGAGUGCUGCAGUGCAGUCAGACAUUUCCAAUUGCGCAGCAUGGUGGAAACUUAGCCCAGAGGAAGAGGCUGCUGAAAUUGCAGACCUGUACUGCCAUUCUCCAUUGGUGCCGUCAGAUGUUUCACAGUGCGCAGCCUGGUGGAAACUUAGCCCAGAGGAAGAGGAAGCUGAAAUUGCAGACCUGUACUGCCACUGUCCACCAGAUUCCACCAGUGCAACCGGAUGUUUCAAAUUGUGCAGCAUGGUGGAAACUUGGCCCAGAGGCAGCGCCGAACCCCGCUCACAGAGGCGCCGGACCGGCGCAGGAGGAGAGGCCGACUUGGAACAGGAGACCGAGAAAGCAGAGGUGACCACUCAUGCCAACGCAAUCACGGAUCCCAAAGAACUGGAGGCUAUGGUGCUGGUGUGCAACAUGCGCCCGGCAUACAACAAAGAAUGGGUGAGGGUCCAGCUCAAGGUGGAACAGCCUGUGGAACCCAUAGCCCAAGCUCUCGAAGCAGCAUGUCGGAACGUUGGUGGUGAACAAAAGCAUGGUACAGCUCCCAGAGGGUUGAGCAGCGGUGGACUCGUGUUGCUCUCCUCGGAUCACUCAGUGGAUCCCUUGCGGUGCUUCAGCCAUCGAAGCUGCAAAGCAGCUGAAGUGUUCACUCGUCUUCCAGCCGUGAAUUUGUUUCCACCGCCUUUGGCGCCUGGUGCGAUUCCAAGAGAGCAAUUUGUCAGACGCAUGCAGUUAGCAAUGCUACCAGCUACCGAAAUGCAAGCAGCAAUGGCAGAGGCCAUCGCAGCUUACGACUCCGACGUCAGUGAAGCUGGAGUGAGCCCAUUGCAACUGGUGACACGUCGCAAUCCUAGAGCAACUGGCAAUGUCCUCAACAACUUUGCCGGUCGGUUGGCUGAGCACUCAUUGAUCGAGGCCAAUCCAUCGAUGGCCAAACAGGUUGCAAUGUGUGAAUCAGCAAGAGUGGCUGUGGUGCGAUUGCACUACAGCCAUGGCCUCAGACAAGCCGAACUGGCCAGAAGUCGGCGAACGACAGCCGAGCAAGCGCCUGAGCCAGGCGACCUGGUUUUCUUUUGGCGUGCCCAAAAAUAUCAGUCCAAGAAGACAGUGCUUCAGGUCGACCAACUCGUCGCCUUCAAUUUCGCCGUUGGCCCGGGCCUGGCCUUCUUGAGGGAGAUGAAGCGCUUAGCAGUAUGCUUGCUUCUCCGGGAGCAUCCGCUGAUAUUGAGUUCGGCAUCAAUGCAAUCAGCGAUGAAUCGAGCCCGAUCCAUUGACUCUGACCGUGGAGUAGACAUCAAGCGCAGUGCAUCUCAAAAGCUUGACAAGCCUGAAGGAGAUGCGUCAGCUGGAGUUGAGGUGGAAGGGCCCCCUGGGGCCGGGAUGGAUCGGCGUGCUCCUUUAGACAAUGUGGAGAACGAUCAUGGGUCUUGGGAUGGUCGCUGGGCAUUUCUUUGUGAGCGUGACUGGGAGACUCCCAGGAAAGAACUCUGGAAAGAAGCAGCCAUAGCUGGUUGGAAUGCCCAUGUGGAUAACAAUGCAAUUCAACUGCUGUCAAUGGAGGAAUCCAGAGAGGUGCGAAGAGAUCUUGCCCGACGAGGACAGCUAUGUCGAGUGCUGAAAGGCAUUCUUGGUCUUGCGGAUGCACCUCGAGAGUGGUGGCUGAGACUUUCAAGAGCUAUAGAGGAGAACGGAUGGACUCGCACAUUGAUUGACGGAGCCAUGCAGUGUUUGUGGUUGGUCAAUGAUGCGGGCAAAAAGGUGCUUAAAGCCAUUGUGGUGGCCCACGUGGAUGAUUUGUUGUUUGCUGGCAGCAUGCUGGGCAAGGAAUACCACUCCAAUCUCCAGGAGACAGUCCUCGAGAAACACAGGAAGUCAGAUCCUUUCAGCCUCUUGAACGAACACGAGGCCAAAAGGUUGAGAGCCCUGCUAGUAAGUUUGCAAUGGUUGGUAGCACAAUUACGCUUCGAUGUGGGCUAUGGAGUAUCAACACUUCAGGGUGAGCAUCCACCCACCAUAGCUACAGCUUUGUGCGCCAACGCCCUGGCUCGAGAGCUCAAAUCUACUCACCAGUUCGACUUGACCUUCAAACCAAUCAACUAUCGCACUGGCAGAAUGGUGGUGUCAGAUGCAUCUUUGGGCAGCGUGAAGCGCAACGGCUCUGAUCAGGGUGAACCCAUCACCAAGGUUUGCUCUCAAGUCUCAAGGUUGCUAUUUUGCUUUGUUGGGUGCUUUGUGGCAACAAUCCUCGGCUUUGACAUGCUGGGUAGAAAAGCGGAGACCGCAAUGAAUGCUGUACCGAUGACAGUGGCGGUUGAUGCCAAGGAUGUCAAUGACAAGGGCAACUCAGACACGGCAAGUUAUGGAAGCCAAAAAGUCUUUAGCGUUCACUGUGGCAUGGAUUCGUUCAGUGCUGAGAAGACGACCUAUGGUCGAUUUGAUGUAAGUCAAACUCAAAAGGUUUGGCAGAAAUCAGAGAACGCGGUGAAUAUGUCAGAUCUUCCAAACCCGCAUGCGUUGAUUGGACGCACA